UCUAAAUCUAGGCAAUUUACACGCGAUACAUAUUCCUUACCUAAACCUGAAGCUUUUGCAUAUUUUAUCAAAGAAGAACAGGAAGAAGAUUUAGGCUAUAAGAGGUUGAAGAUGAUGAUGAUGAUGGAGGUCAGUGAGAAGAGAAGGGUGAGACAAUAUAACAGAUCAGAAGCUCCAAGAAUACGAUGGAGUAAUGAACUGCACAACCGUUUUGUUAGGGCAGUGGACUCUCUUGGUGGACAAACCAAAGCAACCCCAAAGCGCAUUCUUCUGUUAAUGGGUGUAAAUGGACUGAACAUAUCUCAUGUCAAAAGCCAUCUUCAGAUGUACAGAUCCAUGAGCAACAGCCAUUCAGACCUCAGUAACUUCCAGUUUUCCAAAGGCCACUGCUUGCAAAACAUAUCUGAUCAAUGCAACCAUAACUUCCUUGAGGAUUCAUGGAAGAAGUCUACUUCAAACUCCAAAAUCUACAGCUCAGCUUCAAAUGGAAUGCUGAUGGAUGAAGCUAUUUCGAAGAAAGGUGAUAGAGAUCAAGGCAGUAAACAAAAGAAGGUUAGCUGUUUCUUUUUACUUUAUUCCAACCAGCUUUGCGUUGCAUGUGCUAGCUUUAAAUGAGGAGAAAUUAUUACAUACGGUCACAGGACGGUUCAGAGGCUAAUUAGGACGCUCCACGUCAUCCGAUAUACGACGGUACACUGUGUUGGUGAUAUUGCAUGUCCUGAUUGGCCUCCGGAAAACGUCCAGUGACCGCACGUAAUAAUGUGCUUAAAUGAGGCAUUAUUAACUAGGCUUCGUUUGGGACGGCUUUCUUGCUGCUUUUUAAAACAGCUUUUUAAUUUAAAAAUUAAAUAUUUUAUAUCAAAAAGUUGCUUCAAAAGACAAUAAGAAAUUCGUCUCAAAUGAAACCUAAAACAUAUAGCAUGGCUUAUGUAAUAUAAAUCAACCAUUUGGUCAACACCUACCCGACAUUAUACAAACCAACGCAUGUGAUGAGAGAACUUAUCAAGCCCAACUAAAUGUAUGCAUUAAAUUGUUGUCCUUCUUUUUCAAUCAUACAGAAUAAGCGUAUCCAGUGAGGAUUAAUUAGUUUGUAGUUUUACAAUAAUGUAGUUAAUAAUUAUCUGAUUAGAGGACUAAAUCAAGAAGUUAAUGGAUAUUAAAAAUCUUCUCAGUUCUCUUCAUGGCCUAAUAGAACACUAAGAUAAUUGUUUGAAAUGGGAUUAAGCCUAAAACUUAAUGUACAUUAACAAUCUUUCCUUUGGG